GAGGUAAUCACGCGUGUGCACAUCGUUUCUAUAGUUACAUACAACAUCACAAAACAUGGAUGACAAUGCAACCACUGAAGAGACCGGCUUUGUGGUGGAUGACAUCACUACAGUAGUUACAGAAGUUGUGGAGACUACCAUGGGGAACAGUACCUACCAGCAAAGCCGCGUUAAUCAGUGGACCUCCAGUGUGGUGGAGUCAAGUCUGAGUCAACUCACCAAACUAGGAAAAUCUUUCAAAUACAUAGUGACAUGCAUCAUACUGCAGAAAAACGGGGCUGGUCUUCAUACAGCAAGUUCUUGUUUCUGGGACAAUUCCACUGAUGGAAGCUGUACUGUGAGAUGGGAGAACAAAACCAUGUACUGCAUUGUUAGUGUCUAUGGGCUGGCUGUUUAGAUGGAAACAAUCUGGAUUGUGAUGAUACUAAGUGAACAUCUAAUCCUCACAGACAAAAUAUAUUUUGACCAGUCUAUUUUAAUAAUAAAACACUUGUGUA